AUGCUGGCAGCGUUGGGCUCCCUGGCCGCUGCCCUCUGGGCAGGGCUGCAUCUCAAGACUCUGCUGCUGGCCGCCUUCAUCUUUCUGUGCUUUUUGGAUUACCUCAGAAAUCGGCGUCCAAAAAACUACCCACCAGGGCCCCCGAGGCUGCCUUUUUUUUGCAUGUUCUUUCAAAUGGACUUUGAACAGCCCUUUGGGAUCCCUCUGAGGGUAAGACUUGUGGAAAAAUACGGAAACAUGGUUAGCCUGGACCUUGGGCCCAUUCAUAGUGUUUUGGUAACUGGAUUGCCCUUGAUCAAAGAAGUCCUCUCAAACCCAGAUCAUGGUGUUGUGAAUCGUCCUGUUGUUCCUCUUCGCAAACUUAUCUUUAAGAGAAGUGGAUUGUUCUUGUCCAGUGGCCAAGAGUGGAAGGAACAAAGAAGAUUUGCCUUGACAACUCUUAGGAACUUUGGCUUAGGAAAAAAGAGCUUGGACGAACGCAUUCAGGAGGAAGCCCGUAACCUUGUUGAGGCAAUACAAGAGGAGAAAGGACAGCCUUUUGACCCUCAGUUCAAGAUCAGCAAUGCAGUUUCUAAUAUCAUUUGUUCCAUUACCUUUGGGGAGCGCUUUGAAUAUGACAAUGUUCAGUUUCAAGAGCUGCUGAAGUUGGUGGAUGAAGUCACACAUCUAGAAGUUGGACUCUGGUGCCUGCUCUACAAUAUACUUCCAUGGAUAAUGAAAUUCCUUCCUGGACCUCACCAAACAGUCAUUAGAGACUGGAAGAAAUUGAAAAUGUUUGUUUCUCAAGUGAUUGAAAAUCACAAGAAAGAUUGGAAUCCUGAUGAACCCAGAGACUUCAUUGAUGCUUACCUCAAGGAAAUGACAAAGCAUACAAGCAAUUUAUCCUCAAGUUUUGAUGAAGAAAACCUUGUCUGCAGCACACUGGACCUCUUCUUUGCUGGAACAGAGACAACUUCUACAACACUGCGCUGGGCUCUGCUUUACAUGGCCACAAACCCAGAAAUCCAAGAGAAAGUACAAGCUGAAAUUGACAAAGUAAUUGGUCAGUCACAGGUGCCCAGCACGGCCAACCGAGACCACAUGCCCUAUACUAAUGCUGUCAUCCAUGAAGUGCAAAGAAUGGCCAAUAUUUUACCGAUAAAUGCAGGAAGAGAAGUAGCAUUUGAUACCAAUGUGGAUGGAUACUUUUUGCCAAAGGGAACCAUGAUUCUGACCAAUCUGACUGCGCUGCACAGGGACCCCAAAGAGUGGGCCACUCCUGACACCUUCAACCCGGAGCACUUUCUGGAGAAUGGACAGUUUAAGAAAAGGGAAUCCUUUCUGCCUUUUUCAAUAGGAAAACGAGUAUGCCUUGGAGAGCAGCUGGCCAGGGCUGAGUUGUUUAUUUUCUUCACUUCCUUUUUGCAAAAAUUUACCUUCAGAGCCCCACCCAAUGAGAAGCUGAGCCUGAAGUUUAGAAUGGGUGCGGUCCUCUCCCCUGUGAGCUACCGCAUCUGUGCUGUCCCCCGAGAGUGA